ACGUCAUGUAGAGAAAACAGGAAGUGUUUCAAAACGUAGGGAUGUCUUCUCGGGGAAGGUAAAUUUGCAAGUGCAGGUGGAUACGGAAGAUGUAGCGACUCGGAUAGUUGGGAAGGAAACAUGAAAGUUUGGUUUCUAUGUAGUCUCCUUUUCGUUGCCCUGACGGAUUGGACAUCAGGAGACGACGAUGGGCAGGUGACAUUUGUGUCAGAGCUGUCAUCCAAACCUGCCCAGAAAUUAUCAAAGUAUGGCUGGUACGGGAAUGCGAGGCUGCAGAGGUUUCACAUACCGGAGGAAACCGCCAUCGCUCGCUGGCUCUUUUCUGUGACAAAGGGCCACAGUUUCCACUGCGGGAGGCAUAAUGUCACUAUCUAUAUUCGAUGGGGUGCCCCUCCUGUUAUAAACCCCACAGGGCAGGAGUUUCCCAAUACGACACUGUGGACCCCCUGUUUGUCUCUGACUUUACCUGUAAUCUCAGAGAACUCCACAACUUUUAACCUCUCUGACCCUGCCCCAGGUGAUUGGUAUGUUGCUGCUCACUUGCCUGAAGAUGAUGGCCGCAUUGAACAGAAGGGUUUUCCUUCCUGCUCCUAUUUCUUCCAGCCUCAAUUGUCAGUUAGGAGAGCAGUGGACACACCUGUUUUGCAGAACGGCAUAUUCCUGACACAAACUGCAGCCCCUGACAGACCUGCACGCCUUAAAUUGUAUGUUCCUGAGUUUGCCUCUUCCCUUUCGGUUUCUGUGGCUGGCUGUUCAUCAGAGGAGGGAACGGAGAUGGGAAACUGUUUCCUGGUCCUCAGGCUUGGCUCAGCUUCUCUGCAGCAGGGCCCAAUAACAAUGAACUGCUCAGGGUUUAGCUGCUCUGCAGCUCUCUCUAAUCCACCUUGGGACACCUGGAUACGAGUUGUUAUUGAGAGCACCCGAGCCAACCGUACUGUUACCUUCAGCGUUGUCUCAAACUACACAGUGGGAUGUAAGCCAAAAAGUCUUGGCCUCAAAGCAGAUGAUGAGAUCUUUAAGCUCCACGGCAACAGCAGUUAUAGCAACUCCUCAUCAUCAAGCAACAGUUCAGUGCUUGCAGACACAGGUGUCUUCAGCAAUAAAUCGUUUUCAUGGAUGUCACAGUUGCUGGGGUCAGCGUGUGUGUGGAGCAUCCCUGUGCUGUAUGAGGAGGUGGAUGUCCUGUCACUGCGAUUCACCCCCGUUGGUGGAGCCAAUGUUAGCGUUACAAAUACACACCCCACGCUGCUCACAUACCCCCUGCACGCGCACGCCAGUGGUGGCACACUCAACGUGCAGCUCACACUCAACUCUACUAACAUGACAUUGGGAAACAGCAGCAGUGUGGUUGCAUGUCUCUCUCCCUGGACUCCAGUCCUUGAACUGAACCACUCUCAGUCGUGUCGCACAGAUUUAUUUGGAGGUUAUGGUGUUGCUGUGAAUGCCAGCGUUCCUAAAGCUGUGGUCAGGCUGCCUUUUCCUCAGUCAGCAACGUGGUACCUCACCCUGCAGCUUAUAUGCAACAGCAGUAACUGUGGUAACGCAUCAGUGGUGUCUGUGACCCCAGAGGUGUUCCUCAGUGCCUGUGUAGAGGACUGUGGGUUAUACGGUGAAUGUAGACUUCUGAGAUCUUACAGCUACCUGUACGCUGGAUGUGUAUGCAAGGCUGGUUGGAGUGGUUGGGGCUGCACAGAUGAUUCAACAGCUCAGUCGUAUAGUCACCAGUUGUUAGCAACUCUGUUGCUCACGCUCAGCAACUUGGCUUUCCUGCCUGCCAUCGUGGUUGCAGUCAAACACGGUUACAUCACCGAGGCCUCUGUCUACCUCUUCAGCAUGUUUUUCUCCACGUUCUACCAUGCUUGUGACCAGCCGGGCAUUGCAGUAAUGUGUAUAAUGGAGUAUAAUACUCUGCAGUACUGUGACUUCCUAGGAUCCAUCUGCUCCUUCUGGGUCACCAUCCUGUGCAUGGCUCGCAUCAGAAACGCAUUCAAAUAUACUCUGUUCAUGCUCGGGACUCUGCUGAUAGCCAUGUCAAUGCAACUGGACCGCACGGGCCUGUGGAACCUGCUGGGCCCCAUCCUCUGUGCCAUACUGAUCAUGGUCAUUGCCUGGGUGCGCAAAGGGGUCCAUCGACGACAUUGUUACCCGCCCUCUUGGAGGCGUUGGGUCUUCUACCUGAUCCCGGGGGUGUUGUGCGCCUUAAUCGGCCUGUGUUUGUACACUUUUGCUGAGACAGAGGACAACUACUAUUACACACACUCGCUGUGGCACAUCCUGGUGGCGAGCUGCGUUGUGUUACUGCUGCCACCAAAGAAGAAAAACAGGGAGAAGUUUGGCUGGAGUAGUGGCUGGACCCUGAACUGGAGCUGGAGACCCCGGGUUUGUGGAUACACUCUCUGUGAAGGCAGCAAAGAUGAACUCUACACUGUCACAUAGUAGGUCAGGAGAUGUUAUGUCUAGGUAGUGGCUGUUUGACACCCUUAGACUUACACGAGCAUCUGAUCCCUGCUGGUGUUGACAUUUUACAAAAAAGUUUCCAAGCAAUGUAUUUUAAAAAUCAAAGUGGACCUAUAUUCUCUUGGGUCCGCAGGUUUCUUACUCAUAAUUGCAUUAAAUUAAGUCUUAAACAAAACAUGCACAAACACAUUUGAAACCUCCACAGUGGACUAUUUGAUCAGCGGUUCAUUGCACCAGCUUAAUGUAGGGUUGAGCAACAAAACCUUAGACUUUAUGCCCAGGAGUUUAUGUGCUUUGCGUAUGUUUCACUAGUGUAGGACAUUAAUGUUUGAAAUAUUUAUAAAGAACUCUUUUAAGUCUUUAUAUUUAGUCUAUUGACACGACUAUGUUUAGAUCCAUUUGACACAUGCUUGAUCUUUAACUAACAGGUAGUUUUAAUGCUAGCUUUUUUUCACGGCUGCUACGCUCUAUUGUGCAGUUGUCCAAGUGCAAUUCGCAAGAAGACAAAUUUAUUAGACCAUUUAAAACAAAACAACACCUUUGCCAAAGUCUGCUUAUUACAUUUUUCAUGCCUUAAUGUUCAAUUCAGUCUCCUAAAGGGCGUUGGACUCACAAUUGACAGUUUUAUAGUAUCAAAAUGACCACAGCUAAAACCACAGGUAACAGCAUCUUUUCAUUUGCCCGUUCUUCUUUCUAGCACCUACACUACCCACAAUGCAAUGCAACACUUGCACAGUCAGUUGUCCCAGUAAAGAGAUUAUCUUUGACUCCAUACACAAAUAUAUAAUAUGGUACUGUAAACAAACUUUAAUGUAUAAAGUCAGUGUGAUUCCUUUUUAACUUGCACUUAAGUUUUUGUCCAAACAAAAACUGUCUUGACCCUUAUCGGCUUUGCCGUCACCCCAACAGACUUUGAGUUAGAUGAUAUAAACAGGUGGGGAAAUGUAAGUGUAAAGCAAUGUAGUAAAUGUUAGCAUUGUAGCUUUACAUCACUAUAUCUGAAUGUUCAAAUGUGUAACGUGUAUCUGAACAUUUCUACCCUUAAGGAUGUUUAUAGCCGAGUGUGUUAUUUUUGUGAACUAAUGAAAAAGACUUGCGCACAACUUUGUAGUUGCACACAUGUUUGAGUUUACACAGAACUCCUCUCCUAAUGAAUCUACCAGUUUAACUUAGAUUAUAAAGUGAUAUAAACGGAGAGCAGACCACACUGUCAUUUUUAGUGCUUGCUGUAACCACGGUAACAGCACAGAAGACUCCCCUUUUUAUUCUUUUAUCGUUGCUCGCAUAUUUUUCUGACAGGUGCACAUUGCAAAACAAUGAUGUCAGACUUUUGGCAGUGGAACUUUUCCACACCAGUCACAUGGCUGGCUCUGUUUGCUAUUCUGUUUCUAAAAACUAUUCACAGUGAUAAUAAAACGGCUUUACUGAUGCUAAAUCCUGUGUAGGUCUACAUUGUUCCCCUCAGACGAUAUGUCAAAUUCAGUAAGAAAAUUGGUAAAGGAUGUCGCCUACAAGCAGACCUGGCAAUGGGAUUGGUGUCAUUAAAAUCAUAACCAAAGUCGUCCCUAGUUAUGGGCUACAUAACUAGGGAUACAGCUCAUAACUAUAAAUGUGAGUUUCACAGAUAAAACUGAGUUCACUAACAAAUGCAUCUUUUACUGGAAGUUAUCCAUGCAAGUCUCUUUCUUUGUUUACAGAUCUGCUUGCUGAUACAAAAAAGGUCUCACAUGUAAAUGUUUUACACAUUCAGAUACGGUAAUACACAGCCAGCGUACUUAGGGCCCCGUUUUGUUUCCAUAUUCCGUUUGAUUUUCAUAAUCAUUGGUGAACUAAGUAACGCCGUGUCCUUCUUUUAAGCUCUAAUUCCGUUAAAUUCUACUCCAAAACCACUUCCUGUAUUCACCUGACGCACCUUAUGAUUAGAUGCAAUGUAUAUAGCUACUGAUAUUACAUAGCAGAGCAAUCCAGUGUUCAUAGUGUGCAAAGUGGAACUCAUUGAAUGUAUAUUCAGAAUUUAGUCUUGUGCCUCUUUGUGUACUUUGUAUGCCUGAAUGUGUGUUUUGUCUCUUCUACCAAUAAGGCUGCUGAAUACUUUCCAUACUGUUUUAUGUAAGAUGUACACACUACUUUACACUUUGUCUAGUGUGUUGCAUACUGUAAGGGUUUUGCACUUGGUUUAAAUUGAAUGUUUCCUACUAACACUCUUGCAUUCCCUUACUUUUAUUGUUGUAAUGCUCUUUUUCUCUCAUGUAUUAGCGCGAAUCACAUUGUUGAAUAAGUAGGAGGAUGAAUAGGAUUUCUUCAAUCGCAACACACUGUUGCUCUCUUAAUGUGUAAACAUGGAAAAAAUGUAAUGUUCGGCAUCAGAAAUGAUUUUAUUUCCCUGUACUGUUAGUCUGUCAAAAACCCAAACAGCAUUUUAACCUACCAAAAAUAAAUCCAUGUGUAAAGAACAUAAUUUCA